AACAUCACCGUUUCUGUACGUUCUUGACACGGCACAUAUUCCUGUCAGUCAACUCAAACUAGACAGGACUUCGUGUAUGUGUGUGUGUAAACCGCAGAAUAUCCAAAAAUGGGUCGCGAAGAACAAAUAGAAGAGCGAGAAGUGCUCGACUCCAUCUUCCCAGACGAAAUCACAGACAUAAAUGAAACCGAGUUCAGAAUAUCCAUCACCCUCGACAUAGAGGAUGACGAGCCCGAAAAUCCCCAACCCGUCAUGGUCCUCACGGUGCGCUACCCAGCAGACUACCCAGACAAGGCCCCCCACCUCGACCUCUCCACCGACGACGGCAGCGAGAAGCACCCGCUCUUCAGCGUAGCCGACGACAAGACCGCCCUCCUCACAGCCCUCGGGCCCGUGAUCGAGGAGAACAUGGGCAUGGCGAUGGUCUUCACCCUCGUGACGACGCUCAAGGAGGAGGCCGAGCAGCUCGUGCUCCGCCGCCGCGAGGACGCCGCCCGCGCCCACGAGGAGGUCCUCCUCGCCGCCGAGCGCGAGGAAAACAAGAAGUUCCACGGCACCCCCGUCACGCGCGACACGUUCCUGCAGUGGCGCGACGGCUUCAUCCGCGAGAUGGAGGAGCAGAGGGUGCGCGACGAGGAGGAGAGGGCUGCGGAGAUGAAGAAGGCCCGGAUAAAAGACCCCACGAGGCUGACGGGGCGGCAGCUCUGGGAGUCGGGUCUGGCCAAGGGCGAGGAGGCUGAGGAGGCUGAGGAUGAUGCGGCGCCUGUGGAGGACAUUGAGAAGCUCAAGGUCUCGGCGUCGUGAGAAAUAAUCGAUAUGGGGGGAGGGGAGGGGCUGUUGGAACUGGAUUUCCGAGUAGUCAAACCAUUACUCCUCAUCCCCAACAUCUUUAUGAGUUGUAGCCAUCAAUUUGUUAUCUUGGGACCACAGUGAUUAUAAUUCUCCUCCAAGGAGGAACAUUGUAUGGGUGUGCGUGUGUAUGUAUGAGAAGUCGAGAGCAUCGCAAGCUCAGAAGAAAUGCUUGGCAUCUAGGAACUUCAAAAGUCAAGGAGCAUAUCUCAUGUACUAAAAUGCUCAGCAUCGCAUCUUUUGUCAGUCAAAAUUUUAACCUCUCGUUGCCAUGCG